AUGACUUUGGUAAAAUACGAAUCCGCACCACUUGAUGGACUGUCGGAGCAUUACAGCUACCGAAGUCAGGAGCCACGAAUCUGCCAAUGGAUCGUGGAUGCCUGGGCUAGGGAUCAGCCUCAAGUGUCGUCCGUGAACCAUGGCAGUGACGUGUGGGUGCUUGGAAAACCCGAGCCGGAUGUUUACGACGGGAUAGUGACAGACCGGACUGGAGUGGUCCUGGCUGCUCCGGGCGCAGACUGUAUCCCCCUGCUGUUCUGUGACCCGGUGCACAGGGUCAUAGGAGCCACUCACGCAGGUUGGAGGGGUACGCUGAUGGGAGCUGCCAUGGAGACAGUGAACUCUAUGGUGCGUGAGUUUGGGAGCAACAUUCAGGACAUCCGUGUGGCCCUGGGUCCCUCUGUGGGAGUCUGCUGUUACACUAUGGACCAGAAACAGGCCUCAGACUUUACCAAGAUCCACACAGACUGUGUCCCUGAUCCUGAGUCUGCCCGCCCACACGUCAACAUACGCCUCGCAAACAGGGUGCUGCUGCAGAAUGGGGGGGUCCUGCCUGAGCACAUCCAUGAUGACACAGUUUGUGACAGACCUCUGGUGACGCCCUGCACUUCCUGUAACCCUGAGAAAUACUUCUCCCAUGUUCGAGAUGGAAUAAACUUUGGGACUCAAGUCGGCUUCAUCUGGAUCAGAGAGUCCGAACUAGAGACUAAAACUGAGGCAGCUGCUUUGGUGUGAUCAACCAGGGAGAGGAGGUCUAAAACCCUUUAAAAACAGCGCCCCCUGGUGCCACAGUGUGGCGGCUUUAACUCAAAGCUAAAGACACUGAAAGUGUUUUACAGUGCAUUAUUCACUCCACACUCGGUGGUGGUAAAGUUGUUAUUGUGAGGACAAAAGUGAGGCUGUUGGCACCAUCAGCCCCUCACACGUGUGCACACUACAUUUAUACUAGACAUAGGCAAUGUGGGGGUGGAGUGUUGCCUAAGGACACAAUGUCAGAACUUGGUCUAUGGAGUACAUCAGCAUUACAAUUGUUAUCAUUAAGAGCAUUAGUUGGUUUAAAAAUGUAUGUAUCUGGGGACAAAGAUGGGUCAUGAAAGUCUAAAUAAAAAUUCUACAUACCCUCUUGUUAAAACUGUGUAAUGUUUUACAUUAAACUCACUCUUCCUGUCACUGAUAGAAGAAAUUGAAUACAACAUUAUGCUCAUUAAUAAUAAUGCAUCAGUUUUAUAUAGCGCUUUUAGACACUUUACAGAGCAUUAUUCAUUCACUCCACACCCAGUGAUGGUAAACUAUUACUGUAGCCACAGCUGCCCUGGGGCAGACUGACAGAAGCGAGGCUGCCAAUCUGCACCAUCGGCCCCUCCGACCACCACUGACCACCACCUUCAUAUUAGGCAAUGAGGGUGAAGUGUCUUGCCUAAGGACACAACAACAGUUUUUUACGACUGGCGCCCCCCUGUGGCACCUGAUUUUCCCAGUGGUCUCACAUCCAAAUACUAACCAGGCCCGGCCCUGCUGAGCUUCUGAGAUCUGACAGGAUCAGACUUUGACAAGCUGGUGUGGCCACAACAUUAUAACUACAGAGGCUCAGCUAUAAGAAGAGCCACACUCAGAAUAACACUGUCCACAUGCAUCACUUGUCUCUGGACUAAGCCAGGUCUAUAGAAGGACUAAAUCCAGUCUAAACAUCAGGACUAAACUGGAUCUGAAUUAAGACAAAACCAAGUUGAAGGACUAUACCAGUCUAAAGCUCCUCUGAUAGAUGCAGACCAGUGCAAAGUACACCACAUUGGCUAUAGUUUGGGAG